AUGGCUAGUAAUCUUAUACGUAACUUCUUAAAUGCUUCAAAAGUUGUACAGACAAGUUCUAUACAUACACUUACUAGUCAACAAAGAAAAAGUCCAAUGGAUUAUGUCAAACAAGGUGUUGAUCAGAUUGAUCAAAUCGCUGGAACAGCUACACAAGCAGUUAAUAGUGUUAUAGCAACUGUUCUUGAUACGAUUACUGGUAAUGAUAGUACUGAUCGAAAUGUAUCUGAUGUUCAAGGAUCUAGUCAGUUAUUUGUUUUUAAUUUUCAAUUCAAUACAUUUAAUGUCAUUUGUUCAGAUCAAAGUGCUAGUGGUAACUUCAUGCAAACACAUAAUGAAGCCAUAAGUCGCCCAGCAUCUGGGAAAUCAAGUACUUAUGGAAAAAGCACUGGUGAUUUAAACCGACAACCAUAUCAACCUUCAGAUAGCUAUGAAAGAAAGUCUCGUAAUCCAUCAGAUGCAAAUAAAAGUAGAAAUAAAGAAUCUGACUAUCCUGAACAAGCUAAAUCGUCUGCAAAUCAAACUAUUAAUAGUACUCGUGAAGAUACCACUAAUAAAGCAUCUCAAUGGGCUACAGAUACAAAACAAGUGUUUUCGUUAGAUUUGGAACCGUCAACUUCCACUUCUGUUGAUAAAAGUGGUGAUACAAUAGAUAAUAUUAAAACUACUGCUGGCAGAGUUGCUAACAAACGAAACACACCUUUGUAA